AUGUCGGAGCGAAAUGGGUGGCCCACGCACGCCAGCCCAAGCUCGUUGCCCUCGUCACCCCUGCAAUCGUUCCGCAAGCCCGCCUCGGCAUCGCCGCUGAUGCCUCCAGCAUCCAUCGCACCAACAAGGGCCGCCUCUGCAUCACAACCUCACCAGCAUAUACGGCCACAGCCGCAGCCGCAGCCACAGCCGCAGCCACCACCACAACCGCACCAGCGGCAAGGAUCCGACGGCGGUGGUUACAGUUACUCCUUUCACCCAACCCAGAGCACGGUCCGCCGCUGGUCGGCUCAUCAGACCGGCUCCGUCGCAAACCCUGACUCGAGCACCUCGACCAGCACCGCCAGCAACGCUCACCAUCACCUCGACACACGCAACCCUAGCCCGCCGCUUCGCAUCCGUGGCCCUCUUGGCUCACGAUCCUCGACACCCACGCCAUCGCAUCCUACGCCAAAGAGCCCUGCGACGUCCGAACCUCCUUCCUCGCCACUGCCAGGCAAGAUGCGGCAUGGUGCCGAUUCCAUCACGCAGACGGACGGCACUGGGGUCGGCGCGAGCAGCAGCAGCAGCAGCAGCAGCAGUCGCGCUAACGGCCAGGGCAGCAGGAGCCCUGUACCGUCGGAUGGCGUCCAUCGCAGCAAGAGCACCGCCGCCGUCGUGGGUCGGAUGGCCGACACGGCGGGCCAGCGGUCCAUCACCCACGUCGGCCGGAGCGCCUCGACCGCCGCCCUGUCGCCGACGCCCUCGCCACCGCGCACCGGCGCAUCUGGCGGCAACGGCCACCUCGCUCACUACACGCUCGGCGACUGCCUGGGCCGCGGGGCGUUUGGUUCCGUCUUUCGCGGCCUCAAUUGGAUGACGGGCGAGACGGUGGCCGUCAAGCAGAUCCAGCUCGGCAACAUCCCAAAGUCGGAGCUCGGCGAGAUCAUGUCCGAGAUCGACCUGCUCAAGAACCUCAACCACGCCAACAUCGUAAAGUACAAGGGCAGCGAAAAGACCAAGGACUACCUCUACAUCAUCCUCGAGUACUGCGAAAACGGCUCGCUCCACGGCAUCCUCCGCCGCUUUGGCAAGUUCCCCGAGGGCCUCGUCGGCGUCUACAUCUCCCAAGUGCUCGACGGCCUCCUCUACCUCCACGAGCAGGGCGUGAUCCACCGCGAUAUCAAGGGCGCCAAUAUCCUGACCAACAAGGACGGAUCGGUCAAGCUGGCCGACUUUGGCGUCGCCACCAAGACGGGCGCGAUGAACGACUAUGCCGUGGUGGGCAGCCCGUACUGGAUGGCGCCCGAGGUCAUUGACCAGAGCGGUGCCACGACGGCGAGCGACAUCUGGAGCGUUGGCUGCGUCGUCGUCGAGCUGCUCGAGGGCAAACCGCCCUACCACUUCCUGGCGCCCAUGCCCGCCCUCUUCCGCAUCGUCCAGGACGACUACCCGCCCAUGCCCGAGGGCGCCUCGCCCAUCGUCAAGGACUUCCUGCUGCACUGCUUCCAGAAGGACGUCAACCUGCGCGUCUCGGCACGCAAGCUGCUCAAGCACCCCUGGAUGGUGGCGGCGCGCAGGCAGCUCGAUCAGAUGAAGAGCGGCGGCUCGCUGCGGGCCGCAGGCACCACCGCCGGCGCCACGGUCCACGACGAGGCGGUCAAGAGCGUCCGCGAGUGGAACGAGGCGCUCCAAGAGCCAAUGGUGGGCCACCAGAGCAACCACGGCGGCGGAGGAUUCAACAACGCCGCCGGCAGCACUGGCAGCAGCCCCAAUCCGAACCAGCACCUCGGCAAGGGAGGCUCGCCCCGCAUCAACGAUGCCGCCACGGUCCGGCCUCCCGCUCACAACAAGCUGCGCCGCGUGUCGGCUAUGGCCCCCGUUGGACACUCCCAGGACGGCGCCACGGCACGUCCCGGCUUGCUGAAGCCCAAGGCCGGAAUGCGACCCACCCUACCCGCCGACUUUGGGGUGCAGGAUAGCGAACCCAGCCCUGCCGUAGCUGCUGCACGGAAGCCGCUCGAGCUCAACACGGCGGCCGCCGCCGCCGCCAGAGAGCCGCCCAGCUCGCCGACUACGAAGCUGCCUCUCGCCGGGGCCGCACCGGCGCCGUCGCUCAUGGAUCAGCGUUCCAAGCUCGUCGAUCUGCAGAGGCCCGAGGAGGACACCGACAACUGGGAUGACGAUUUCGAGGAGGGCAUCACAACGACCAAGAUAGCUGCGCUCGAGAGGAGCGCUCCGAUCGACGACGGACACGCUCGGAAGAGGGAUGAUGCGCCUGGAGCCGCCCCGGAACGCUCGACCGCCGCUGCGGGCGGCGACGAUCGGCGCGGUGGGGCGCAUGCCGACUACGAUCAGCAGACGAUCCGACCGUCGCCUUUGCUGCGAAGCGUCAGCUCGCUGCCGCAGGUCGGUGCGCCCAGGCAACAACCGCCCGCCUCAGCCUCGACCCCGCUGCCCCCUCCAAGCCCGUCUGCCUCUGAUUCGUCGAAACCGGAUGGAGGCAGCAGCGUCGAAGACUACUCGGACCUCAUCGAGGAGGCGGACGAGUCGCAUCUCAACGCUCGGAUCCAGAACCUCAAGCUACAGAACAGCGUCGGCAAGCGGCUCUUCCACCCCGACGACCUGAAGCGUUUGUCGCGUCCCGAAGACGAGCGCUGGGCGCUCGGCCUGACCACCGAUGAGGCCGGACCGCCGCAUCUCCGGAGCGAGGCGUCGCCGCAGUCGACCACCGUCAUCAGACCCAUCAGUCCGACGGCGUCGCGCGCCAACUCGCUGAGGGCGGGCAAGGAUGACAAGUGGAAGGAGAUGCGCCAGGCGCUGGGCAAGUACGCCGAAGAGGGCGGCGACGAGGACUACUCGGACGUGUUUGGCAAGGCCUUUUCGGGGGCAUUAGGGGGACGGCUGAGCCUUCCCGACCCGCAGGGCCCGCUGCAACUGACGACGCGCCUGUCACAGCGGUCUUGGCUGGGCGACGACCGGGACGACGAGGACGACCCCUUUGCCGAGAUCGACGAGGACCUCGACGCCGAGGCCGACAUGGAGGCCAACGUGGCCAGGGACAAGCACGCCCGCAUGUGCACCUACGUGUCUGACCUGGUCGAUUCGCUCAGCCCGGACGCGCCCGAUCGGGAGCUGCUGCGCGCCUGCGAGCAGAUCGACGAGGUGCUGACCGACAUGCCCGAGAUGAAGAUGCAGCUGCUCGGUUGCCACGGCGCGCUGGCGCUCAUCCAGCUGCUCGAGAUCGCCACCGAGACUGAGCUGGUGACGAGGCUGCUGGGCAUCCUCAACCUCAUCAUCUUCGACGAUCCCGAGGCCCAGGAGAACCUGUGCCUGAUCGGGGCGAUCCCCGUCGUCAUCAACUUUACCACAAAGAAGUGGUCGCACGAGCUGCGCCUCGAGGCGGCCCACUUUGUGUUUGCCAUGUGCUCGACGUCGCGGCUGACGCUGCAGUUCGUGCUGAGCUGCCGCGGGCUGCGGACGCUCGUCGACCUCAUCGACGAGGACUACGCCGAUCGCAAGGACCUGGUGUGGAUCGGCGUCGGCUGCGUGUCGAGCGUGCUCGAGCUGCAGAGCCCGGCGUCGCGCACCGACUUCUGCCGGAUGCUGGCUCAGGAUGGCCUGCUGGAGCCGCUGUCGACGGCGCUGCUCAGCGUCGUCCGCGAUGCCGAGGACCCGUACGCCCAGCAGGCGCAGGCCCACAUCCUGCAGACGUUCCUCAUCUUCUCUCAGUCCGAUGGCUGGCUCAAAAAGAGCCUCGCCACCCGCAGCGUGCUGCGCAAGCUGCUGCAGGCGACGCAGAUGCUCGGGCCCGAGCCGCUGAUCCAGAUGCUCAAGAUCCUCAAGAACCUCACCAUGAACCCGGCCACGCUCGACGAGAUCCAGAACGCCAACACCAUCGAGAUCCUCGUGCGCAUCCUGGCCGAGCACCACGGCGGCGCGCACGGUACCGAGAUGUCGAACCAGGUGCUCAACGCGAUGUACAACCUGUGCCGCCUGAGCAAGUCGCGCCAGGAGGAGGCGGCCGAGUCGGGCAUCAUCCCGCAGCUGCUGCGCGUGGCCCAGACCAAGUCGCCGCUCAAGCAGUUUGCGCUGCCGAUCCUCUGCGACCUGGCGCACACGGGCAAGGGGACGCGCCAGCUGCUCUGGCAGCACCGCGCGCUGCAUUUCUACGUCGGCCUGCUCGAGGACCCGUACUGGCAGGUGUCGGCGCUCGACUCGAUCCACGUCUGGCUGCAGGACGAGACGCACCGGGUCGAAGAGGUGCUGCUGCAGCCUUCGUCGGUCGACUCGCUCCUCUGCCUCUUUGCCACGUCCAAGGCCAACUCGUUCGAAAACCUGCUCGAGCCGUACCUCAAAAUCUGCCGGCUAUCGACGGCCAUCACGAUCGCCAUGGGCAAGAACUCGGCCUUCCUGCGCAAGCUCGUCGACCGUCUCAAGCACCCAAAGGCCGUGGUGCGCCUCAACCUGCUCAGGCUGACAAAAAUGGUCUGCGACGUGCAUCCGGACCGCGGCACGCUGAUCCAGCAGUUCAGCCUGUACGAGAUUAUCGACCAGCUCAGCAAGCACGAUGGCGCCGUCCUGGUCCGCGAGCUCGCGCGCGACAUCCUCUCGCAGCGCUACAUGCAGGCCGAGCCGCGCACGGUACGCAGGACGAUGUCGGACGUCGGCAGCAGCACCAUCGGCAGCAGCAGCCCGGCUGUGCAGCCGAUUCCGGACCAGCGGCCCGGCGCCACCGGCCUCGGUGGGCUCAACGGCGGUGCCGAAGUGCCUGCGCGAGUCCGUCCCGGGCGACGCCCGCAGCAACAGCUCGAAGACCACCAGCAUCAGGUGCAGGCGGCGCCGCAGCAGCGUCGCUCACCCUCGGUGCAGCAGGGCGGCUUCGCGCUGGACCACGGCUCUCCGCGGGCGCGCCGGCGACUGCCGCUGCCCGAGAUUCUCGACGCUGAUGCCUGGAAGCAGCUAUCGUCGAGCAGCGCGCCGGACGGGCAGGAGAAUGAUCGACAGGGCCUUGCAGCCGGUCAGAGGAGGGCUGCACUCCGAGACCGGUCCGUCAGUCCAAACAUCGGCGCGGCUACGGGCGUUGGCGCCGGACGGGUGGGCCCGCGCAGCCUGAUCGAGACGUUUUCGCCCCCGUCGCCUCUGCCGCAGCAGCAACAGCAUCAGCAAGGAGCGACGACGGUGACGGCGUCAUCUGAUCAGGCAGAGUCACGGCCGCACGGUGGGCGUCCAGCAACGAGCCCGACUGCCACCUCGCGCGUGCCCGCGGCUGGUGCGGGCAUCGGGAGCGGCGGGGGCACGGGGCUGGGCCUGGGCGUCCAGGGGCGAGUGCUUUCUCCGCGGCCGCUUUCGUCGGCAGCGGACGUGCUCAACCGCGAGGAUCAGGACAAGACGAUGCGACCGAUGAGCCGGCCGCCGAGCCGACGACCGAUUCCGAGCCUGCCGACGGCGGGCCGCAUCACGACGACGGACACGGGCACCGUUCGCUCGAGGACAGUGAGCAGCAGCAGUAACAGCAGCAGCAGCUCGUCGAGCGGCACCGGUAUGGGCGCAGGUGGCGGGCGGUUUGCGCAGCAGCGGCCAUAG